CUCUUUUAUACACCAAUGCAAGAUCCAGCAGCAGCACUAAACCUUCUCACUGAUACAGAGAAACAGGCCUUCUUUCUUAUGACUGAUAUAAAAAUGGUUCUGGUCAAGUUUAUAAUUCCUGGUGGGGUUGAAACAUUAACAGAUAGUCUCAAGAGAAGCUUCUUCUUCACUGUGUCAGAUUGGGAUGUGUUAGCAUCUUGCUUCUGCAAUGGCCAGGCAUCAAAGUGUGAUCCAGAUGACUUCUCCAAGUGCAUAUGUGAAAGGAAUACUGAUGGUCCAAACUGUGAAAAGUGUUUACCACUCUACAAUAACAAACCUUACCAGAUACGAGAAGCAUGUGAAGCAUGUGAAUGCAAUAGUCAUUCUGACAGCUGCUCCUACAAUGAAACAAAAGGAUAUGGAAUUUGUAAUGAUUGUAAGCACAACACAACAGGGGAUAUGUGUCAACUUUGUAAGGAGACCUUUUACAGAAACUCAGCUGUAUCACAGAAUACCACCAAUACUUGUCUGGCCUGUGCAUGUCAUGUUCCUGGUGUAAACACUUCAGCUGACAGCUCACAGUGUGAUAGUGUUACUGGUCAGUGUGCAUGUAAGAGUCGAGUGAUGGGAAGGGCCUGUGAUAUGUGUCGCGAUACUUACUGGAAACUAACUACAGACAACGAGGCAGGCUGUGAAGAAUGCCACUGCAAUUUAACUGGAACAGUCAACAGUUCCAAUGUGUGUGACAAGAUAACUGGUCAGUGCCCCUGUAAGCAGCUACUCACAGGAAGGACAUGUAACCAGUGCCAAGAUGGAUACUUUGGAUUGACAUCUGAAAACCCUGGCUGUACUGCAUGUAACUGUGACCUGGCUGGCUCAGUAAAUACCUCAUGUUCUUCAUCUGGGAAAUGUUACUGCCGUCCCAAGUUCUCUGGGGAUAAAUGUGACAAGAUUGAUGAAGGCUUCUUUGUCCCAAGUGUAGAUUUUAUGACGUUUCAGGCUGAGGAUGCUACACCCAUAACUGUAAGAAGUGUUAAUCUCUAUUCUGCAUGCUGCUAUUUGUCAAAAUCAAUGAAGCCACAAACAAAAACAAUCAGUCAUCGAGAAAUUGUUAAUGCAGCUGGAAACAUUGUUCUUGUGGUUGGUGUGGUAUUGAAUGAGGGAGUGAAUAAUGCCGCACCAACUGAGCUGGAGUUCACUGUUAACAUUCCUAAAACAGGAUUCUUUAAUUUUGUCCUGCGUUACAUGACUGGUUAUAACUGGAAUUUGGUUAAGAUAACUGCUUUGCUGCGGACAGCUUUUGUGCCCUUCACGUGCAACAACAUUAAUCAAAUCACCAAGAAUGAGCCUCUCAUCCUGACUAGGACAGUGUUGUCUGGAAGUGAAGCUCAUGAUUAUGGAAGUCACUGUUUAUUAGUGGGUCAGUACAGUGUAAAACUUCAAAUACCUGCUGGAAGUGCUCAACAAGGUGUUCUGGUCACUCGAAGGAAAAGAAGGGCAUUGCCUGAUGCAGACAUCACUGUUGAUUCUCUUUUAGCCAUGCCGACUGUGUCUGAGUAUGAUGUAUUCAAGGAAGCAUCUGCUGAAGUUCAAGAAAACAUGACAUUUUACUACAAUGCAUCAUCAUCCCUGAAAACCUGGUCAGCAAACUCUGAGGCAGGAAGUCGUGCACUUGCACCAGUGUUUGGAAGCACUUUUGGAGAGGGACAAGCAUGUAACUGUAGCUCUGUGGGGUCAAACGACCCUGAUGAAUGUGACAGAUAUAGUGGACAAUGUUCCUGCAAGCCUAAUGUGAUUGGUCGCACUUGUGAUCAGUGUAGGCCAGACUAUUUUAACUUCACCUCUGGUCAAGGUUGUCAAGAUUGCAACUGUAGCAUGACUGGUGCAAAUGAAACAUCUUGCCAUCCUGAAACAGGGCAAUGUUCCUGCAGGGAGAAUGUAAUAGGCCAACAUUGUGAGCAAUGUGAAAUAAACUAUUACAACUUUAACAGUGGGGCAGGCUGCUCUUCCUGUGACUGCAAUCCUAUCUACUCCACCAGCCUGCAGUGUGAUGGAAACACUGGUGUGUGUAGCUGUAAGCCUGGUAUUAAUGGAGCAAAAUGUACAGGAUGUGCUGAUCAGUUUUACAAUCUUACAGACCAAGGUUGUAUGUCCUGUGAUUGUAACCUUGCGGGAAGUGCCAGCCCUGCCUGUAACAAGACUACAGGCCAGUGUCCUUGUAAGGCUCAAUCUCUAGGCCGUCAGUGUGACAUGUGCCCAGCUGGUUAUUAUGGCUUAAGUGUCCAGAAUCCUCAAGGUUGUUUGAAGUGUCAGUGUUCAAAUAAAUCAUCAGAAUGUGUUGCUGACCCAGGAUGGUUUGUUUCAACUCUUAACACCACUCUGUCAGUGUUUAAUGACAAUGUUGAUCUGGAUGGUUGGAGUACUAUAGACAGUGCAGGAAAACAAGUCAAUCCAGUUUUGGACUGGGAUGUUACUGUAAACAUUGAGAAGGGAUCUAUGAAAGUUGACACUCAAGGCUCAGAUGAUAUCUACUUUGUUGCUCCUGACAAGUACCUUGGGGACAAGAGAUCUGCUUAUACAUAUGCGUUGUCAUUCCAUUUACAACAGGACAAUGCAUCCAGCCCUGCAACAUCCUCUAGGGGAGAUGUUAUCCUUGAAGGCAAGUGGUUUGAUGAACCUCUUGUCUCAAGUCUUGAUGCUGCUCCACCAGGUGGAGACAAUUUUAGGAAAUAUGAGGUAAAGCUUGUUGAAAGCAAUUGGAGAGUAGGAAACACCUCUGGGCGGCAACCUUCAAGUUAUGAAAUGAUUGUUGUAUUAAGUCAUUUGACUUCGCUGCGUAUCAGGGCCAAGUGGACAACUCUUACAACGAAACUGUUCACCCGAUUGGCUGAUAUUGAACUGACUCUUAGUAGCAGGAGCAAUAUAAUUCCUGGGGCGGAAAGUGCUUUAAACAUUGAGAAUUGUUCUUGCCCCGUGGAGUACAAAGGACAGUUUUGUGAACAGUGCGCCAGUGGCUACACACGUGUCACGCCAAAUGGAGGCCCUUACGUGACAUGUGUACCGUGCGAGUGUAACGGACACUCAGACAUGUGCGACCCUGAGACUGGAGUGUGUCUGGACUGUCAACACAACACCACAGGCGACCAUUGUGAAAAGUGUUUAGAUGGUUGGUAUGGCAACGCCACUAAUGCCACACCUAACGACUGCAGCCCGUGCCCAUGCCCCAGCGGACCAUUUGCCGUCAAUCAGUUCGCUAAGACCGUUUUAGUCAUGCCGACUGUGUCUGAGUAUAAUGUAUUCAAGGAAGCGUCUGCUGAAGUUCAAGAAAACAUGACGUUUUACUACAAUGCAUCAUCAUCCCUGAAAACCUGGUCAGCAAACUCUGAGGCAGGAAGUCGUGCACUUGCACCAGUGUUUGGAAGCAUUUUUGGAGAGGGACAAGCAUGUAACUGUAGCUCAGUGGGGUCAAACAACCCUGAUGAAUGUGACAGAUAUGGUGGCCUAUGUUCUUGCAAGCCUAAUGUGAUUGGUCACACUUGCAAUCAGUGUAGACCAGACUAUUUUAACUUCACCUCAGGUCAAGAUUAUAAAGAUUGCAACUGUAACAUGACUGGUGCAAAUUGUGACAUGUGCCCAGCUGGUUAUUAUGGCUUAAGUGUCCAGAAUCCUCAAGGUUGUUUGAAGUGUCAGUGUUCAAAUAAAUCAUCUGACUGUGUUACUGACCCAGGAUGGUUUUUCUCAACUCUUGACACCCCUCUGUCAGUGUUUAAUGACAAUGUUGAUUUGGAUGGUUGGAGUACUAUAGAAAGUGCAGGAAAACAAGUCAACCCAGUCCUGGACUGGGAUAUUACUAUAAACAUUGAGAAGGGAUCUAUAAGGGUUGACACUCAAGGCUCAGAUGAUAUCUAUUUUGUUGCUCCUGACAAGUACCUUGGGGACAAAAGAUCUGCUUAUACAAAUGCAUUGUCAUUCCAUUUACAACAGGACAAUGCAUCCAGCCCUGCAACAUCCUCUAACGGAGAUGUUAUCCUUGAAGGCAAGUGGUUUGAUGAACCUCUUGUCUCAAGUCUUGAUGCUGCUCCACCAGGUGGAGACAAUUUUAGGAAAUAUGAGGUAAAGCUUGUUGAAAACAAUUGGAGAGUAGGAAACACCUCUGGGCGGCAACCUUCAAGUUACGAAAUUAUUGUUGUAUUAAGUCAUUUGACGUCACUGCGUAUCAGGGCCAAGUGGACAACUCUUACAACAAAAUUGUUCACCCGAUUGGCUGAUAUUAAACUAACUCUUAGUAACAGGAGCAGUGUGAUUCCUGGGGCAAAAAGUGCUUUAAACAUUGAGAAUUGUUCAUGCCCCGUGGAGUACAAAGGACAGUUUUGUGAACAAUGCGCCAAUGGUUACACACGUGUCACACCAAAGGGAGGACCUUACGUGACAUGUGUGCCGUGCGAGUGUAACGGACACUCAGACAAGUGUGACACUGAGACUGGAGUGUGUUUGGACUGUCAACACAACACCACAGGUGAAGAUUGUGAAAAGUGUUUAGAUGGUUGGUAUGGCAACGCCACUAAUGCCACACUUACCGACUGCAGCCCGUGCCCAUGCCCCAGCGGACCAUUUGCCGUCAAUCAAUUCGCUAAGACCUGUGUACUUUCAAGUGACGGUCUACCAACCUGUGUGAACUGCACUGUGGGUCACGAGGGACGGUAUUGUGAACGAUGUGUGGACGGUUACUUUGGACGGCCAAAGGAACAGGAUAGUCAAUGUCACAAGUGUAACUGUAACAACAACAUAGAUCCUGCAGCCACCGGUAAUUGCAACACCACGACAGGCGAAUGCCUUAAGUGUCUUUACAAUACCACAGGGUCUAACUGUCAGUGGUGUGCACCAGGAUACCAUGGAAAUGCAUUGAACAAAACUUGUACUCGUUGCAACUGUUCGGCUGUUUUUUCACUGAAUAAUGAGUGUGACAACAUGACUGGUUCGUGUUACUGCCAUCCUUAUGUGACAGGAAAGUUCUGUGACAGAUGUGAACAGAACGCUUUUAAUUAUACCGCGUCUGGUUGUUUGCCUUGUAAUUGUAACAAUGAUGGUUCAGUUGAUCUCCAGUGUGACUCGAUACAUGGAAAUUGCAGCUGUAAACCAAACGUGAUUGGUAAAAAGUGUAACAUUUGUACUGCGGGCUUAUUUGAUGUUCAGAAAGGUUGUUUGGCGUGCAACUGUAGCACAGUUGGAUCCAAAAUUCCUGAUCAGUGUGACAGAAAUAGUGGACAAUGUUCCUGCAAGCCUAAUGUUAUUGGUCGCACUUGUGAUCAGUGUAGGCCAGACUAUUUUAACUUCGCCUCCGGUCAGGGUUGCCAAGCUUGUGCUUGUUUUUUACCUGGUGUCAACACCUCAGCGCACAGUGCCCUAUGUGACAGAGAUACUGGUCAAUGUUUCUGUAACAGUGGUGUGCUAGGAAGGACCUGUGAUAUGUGCCGUAAUCCUUCCAUGAAAUUAGGUUCCGCCAGUGAGGUUGGGUGUGUAGGUAUGUUAUUAUGACUAAAAGGAAACACACGCUCCAGAAAUCAUAUGUUCUUUAUCUCCGCCAUUACAAAGUGUGUACUGACAAAAUUACGACACUGAUUGCGUAUUGCUAUUCCAAUGAGUUAACUAACUUUCGAUAAUUGUUUUCAAAUUAACUGAAAAUUGGACUACAGAUGCCAUCAUUGUAAAAUGCGCCUAACAACUUAGCUGCUCACCAA